AGAGAAAAAAUGACUAUGAAGAUCUUUCUUAUUUUCUUGAGCUGCUUCACACUAUGCUGUUUUGCAAAGCAAAGGUCAACUUUGCACAUAAAUGUCACGGAAGGAGCUGGGAGAAAAAUUCCAGAUACCUUCUUCGGAGCAUUUUUUGAGGAAAUCAACCAUGCAGGAGCUGGGGGAUUGUGGGCCGAGCUUGUUCGAAACCGAGGUUUCGAAGAAGGAGGCUCAAGCGUUCCCUCAAAUAUAUUUCCAUGGGCAAUGGUGGGAGAUGAUUCAACCAUACAGAUCUCAACCGAUCGUAGCUCUUGCUUCGAUCGAAACAAAGUUGCAUUGCGUAUGGAUGUUCUCUGUGAUGGACCCAAAUCUUGCCCACCUGAUGGUGUUGGCAUCUCCAAUCCUGGUUUCUGGGGCAUGAAUAUUGAGAAAGCACACAAGUAUAAAGUAGUGUUCUUUGCCAAAGCAAGUGGUGUGGUUGAUCUUCGCGUCUCGUUUGUUGGAUCCGAUAAUACCGAGUUGGCAUCAAACAGCAUUACGUCUUUGGGUCACAAUGUUACAGAGUGGACGAGGAUGGAGACCGUACUGGAAGCGAAGGCCACUAACCACAAUGCAAGUCUCCAAAUAACGACAAGCAAGAAAGGAGUUUUAUGGUUAGAUCAAGUUUCAGCUAUGCCACUAGACACGUUCAAGGGUCAUGGAUUCCGAAAGGACCUUGCUCAGAGGGUGGCCGCUUUGAAGCCCAGAUUUUUCAGAUUCCCUGGUGGAUGUUACGUUGAAGGAGGUUAUAUGAGAAACGCAUUCAGAUGGAAAGACAGCGUGGGAGCAUGGGAGGAGAGACCUGGUCACUUCGGAGACGUUUGGAGUUAUUGGACCGACGAUGGUUUUGGCUAUUUUGAGGGCCUUCAAUUUUCUGAGGAUAUCGGUGCCUUGCCUGUCUGGGUUUUUAACGAUGGUCUCAGCCUCAAUGACGAAGUGGAUACGUCUAUGAUCGGACCUUUUAUUCAAGAAGCUCUGGAUGGACUUGAGUUUGCAAAGGGUUCGGCAAAUUCAAAAUGGGGAUCUCUAAGGGCUUCCAUGGGACAUCCCGACCCAUUCGAUCUCAGAAUCGUUGCCAUUGGAAACGAAGAGUGCGCCAUGUCUAAGUAUCGAGGAAACUACCUCAAAUUUUAUGACGCCAUCAAGCAAGCUUAUCCAGAU